CACUUUUCCCUACCACCGUCCCACUGCGCCCUCCCGUUUUUUCUUUUUUUCCCUGUCUCUCCCGUCACCAGGCCAGUGUUUCGGUGCUUGGAGGUACGUGGACGAGGCAAAUGAUAUUCAGAUGCUCUCCAACCGACCAAAGAGACAAGAAUCCACUUCAGAUCUAGCGUCGCCAUCCACAGCCGCUUCACCGACCACAGUUUCUUCUUCUAAUAAUUCACCGUCGGCUACGACGAGUAAUAUUUCAACAACGGAAAUGUCUACUUCAUCUUCUGAACCAACUACUUCGAGUAGUACCCAGGUGCCUACAACUUCCACGUCUGUAACGACCUCUGAAUCCUCCUCGUCGACAUCGACAUCGCCUCCUACUACGUCGUCGUCAUCUUCCACUUCAACGUCGGAACCACCGUCGACAACGACGUCUGAGACUACUUCGUCCACCUCACAGUCGACUACUUCAACGAUAGCGACGACGACAACAACAUCAUCUUCGCCAUCCACAACAUCUACACCUACCUCAACUUCGACGUCUGAAAUUACGACAACCUCCACCACUCCCACCACAACCUCCACGCCCACAGUUACGGAAACAACGACAUCAUCGUCAUCGUCAUCCACGAACGAUGACCUUGGGACCACCACCACCUCUGCACGCGUUCAGACCGUAACAACCUUGCAAAGUACUGUGUAUAUCACCACGACAAAUAGCGCUGGUCAGACAACAACCAGUGCGCCUUCAGCUGUUACCAGUCUGGUGACAAGUACAGGUACUGAUGGCGGCGUCGUCACUAUAACACAAAUUGGUGUCAACCCUACCCUCAGCUCGAAUAAUGACUCUGGCACGGCCUCAUCCUUUUUCCAAAAUAAAGGUGCAGUUGCGGGGGUGUUCGUCCUCGUAGGCCUGGCAGCAGCAUCAAUAAUAUUGUUCAUAAUCUUUUACAUCCGUCGGCGGCGUCGCACUCGGAGAAUGGAACAUGACAAUGCCGUCUCGGCUACUCUUACUGCUGCGGGCUUUCACCGUGCACCUCUGGACGAUGACGAUGACAACAACGAGGAUGGGUCGAGAAUGCAAAUGUCUCAGCAUUCUCCCCGGAGUUCUAUACCGAGUGCCGGUCGGCUGUCCGCUUACAUGGACAACGUGGAAAGUGGUUUCAACCCGUACGCAGACGUUGGCCAUCCGAUGGGCAGGGACGAUUACAUACCAGUCAGAAAUCCGAGCCCACCACCCGGUGCUGGCGGUGGCGUAUUUGGUAGCAUCCGUGGAAACGCGAGCGAGCAGAGGAUCAGUCAUUCCGCGUCACAUAGUGCAGGCAGCUACGAGCCACUUCUGGCGUCCUUCUAUCAGGCCCAGAACGCUGCUGAAGGCUCAGGGCCUCCCUCUCCACCGCCUCGUAAUCCACAAAGACUUUCAGAUGUCAAAAAUCAAGCGUCACCCACUACCCAAAACAGUGAAGUGAACGACGCCACUUCAUCACUGUACUCUUCGGAGAGUACAGGGGAUGACCGGCUGGAUCCUGACCUUCGUCGGCGGCUCAAAGAUGAUUCAGAUAGUGACAAGGCUGAUCUCAGGGACAAUGAAGACUACUCACGUCCCGUUCUUGGGGUUCGAAAUGUUCCGGAUAAGGUUUCCCAAGAGUCUUAGUAGCUUUUUUCCAUCCUACUCACGCGAGGUUCCGACACCUCAUCAGCAUUGCGGACCCUUGUAUAUUCUGACCCCCAUUUGCAUGAAGGGGCUUCAUGGACCUCUGAACCUGUUUUUAGUAGACACUGACACGACGAAAACGCACGCUCAUUACUUCAUUUUAGCAUAUUUUAUAUAGUGUAUUUGGUAACCAUAGACCGAUGCCUUUGUUGGUAGCAUACGAGUUGUAGUACAUUGCAUAUGGACCGAAUACAUAGAUAUCCUUUACGCAUUCUCAGUCUAUAGCUUGUAGGUUUCACGUGAUGUCGAGGACACGACGCGUCGUAGUCUAAUAUUUUCGAUUAGUAAAAGCCGUUAUGGCUUUCUCUCAUGGUCUUUUUUUAUCAAUAAUACCCACGUAUUUAUCAUCA